GCCAGAAGCACCACAGUAUUUUAGUGUCGGAUUAAUCACAGACAGGUCAGUAAUUUUAUCCUGGAUUGCUGGAUUCAAUGGCGGCCACCAUCAAACUUUUUCCGUUCAUUUUAAAACUACAGAUGAUGACAAAUUGGACGCAAAUGAUGUGCAUACUAAUGAAAGUAGAACGGGGUGUACGGAAUACUACAAAUUGGACCAGCUUAAACCAGACACGCGAUAUCAAGUAAUGGUUUUGUCAACAAACAUCCAUGGACACAGGAAUGCAUCUCUGGAAUUCAAAACAAAAGUUGAACUCACUGAAAAAUCAACGUCAAAAUCAACUUCAAUUUCUGCGCUAUCAAUUGUUCUCGCCUGUGGUUAUCCGGUUCUAUUUGCAGUUUUCAUCAUUCUUAUAGUUUUUAUCAUCAGAAGAAACAAAGGCAACAAAAGUGGUUCGAACCCAACGAAUGUAAAUUCUACUAAGUCUGAUGAAUAUACAGCUAUACAGAGAAGCAAUCCGACGUUUACAGAUGCAUACUCGACGUUGCAGUCUCCUACAGAAUCAACAGCUGUUCAGGCGGACAGCAGUAUGGAAACUGAUACAUAUGAUGAAUGUGAAAUAUUAACUGAUGUGGAAGUAUUUCAAACUAUGGAAAACAGGAAGAGUGGUGAUAUUAGAGACAAACAAGAAAGCGGCCAGGAACAUACAAAGCAGGGGAUGUAUGAUAAUAUAAAGAAUUAGCAGUUUUAUAGAAUUGUGUAUUUUAGACCAUAACAUUUUUCUUGAAUCUGUUGAACUUUGUAAUAUUCAUUGUCAUAUAAUGCUUAUAAUCUACUGAACGAAAAGAAAAAAAAUGUGUACUCCUUUUUCCUUUUGUUAUAAAUGUAUAUUUUAUACAACAUUGGUUUAACUUUCUUUGAUAAACAAUGCUUAAAUUUACUGAACAAUAUUUAUCAUGUCUUGUAAACAAUUUAUUAGAUUUCGAUAUCACAAAAAAAAGACGCCAAGAUGACGUCCCUCUGGUCGUUAAUAUUUAAAUCAUGCUUGUUGAGUAUUGCCAUGAACGAAAAAAACUUAACUUUCGAUUUUGAACAAAACAUGUACGAGAAACUAUUUAUCAACUUUAAUUUAAAUUAUACCUGAUAUACAUGUUCCCUACUUCAAAUUCCAAUCAUUGGACAAGUUAAUAAAUUAAAUGCUUAUCUUAACCUCAAUGAUGUGAUCAAUCUUUAUCUUGAACGAAGACUUGCUGGAUCCAUCCUAAGAUACGCAUACUGGUGUAGAUUCCGAACAGUAAACUAACACGAUGUGCACAGUCUUUAUCCGGUCGAAAGAAUGUCGGAUCGACCAACAGAAAUCAUGUUCAUUUGUAAAUGUUAGAGUAUAUUUCAUGCAAUGAAUACCGGAAUAAAUGGAGGAUUUUGUUUAUUUUUGAACGUCUUGCAAUACGAAGAUUUUGAAACCCUGACGUCAUCAUUUUAUAAUGGACUCAAUUUUCCAAACUGAAUAAAGAAAUGUAUUAGGUAUAGAGUGAAAACACAUAAAGCGUAAACUCCUUUUAACUGUUUUGCGAACUUUUAUAUGUGAAAAAAUUCCAAGGCAGAGAUAUUGAAUUUCCAUCAGAUACUGAAACUUCAUCAGUAUACCUGGUGUGUUUUUUCUUGUUCAUUUUUGUUUUGUAGUUGCUUACUUUUUUGUUUGUUGUUGAUCUUAUGUUUUUGCGAUGGUUAUUCAUGCAACUGUUUAUGCAUUGUGGGUGAUGUAUGCACAGCACGAAGCGCUUACCUUGUCGCCUAACCCGAUCUCGCUCCUUUUGAUUCCUUCAGUUUUGUUUGAUAUCUUGAUUUGUCUUAUCAAUCGAUUUAUAAGAUUUCAACAUCGGCAAACUACUGCAAAGGAUUGAAAUGCCAUCCUAGCUAGAACGUUGAAAUUGUUGCAUAGCAGUUUGGUUAAAUACUGUCCAGAAUGUGUAUCUACUGAAUGUGCAUGUAGUUUCCAAUUUUUACAAAACUCUUCACAAUAGUUAUCUUUAUGUAAAAAUAAAAUCUGAUUUAUUAAGAAAAAUGCAACUUUGUAACAAUGUUUAUAAAAUUGUAACCGAACUGUAAAUAAAUUUGUCGAAAUUUAUGCAUCUUUCUAAAAGGAAGACAAAUAUGUACGUUAUUAAAAGGCAAAUCGAUAGGGGAAUAUUGCAGAGAAAACUGAAUUACAGCAGAAAUAUGGGUUUAUUGAAUUUAUCCCUUUUUUGUAGUUAAGUGCAUAAUGCAUGAAUGACAUUUUUUUUAAAAAACAAAACAAAACUCGAUAAAUAAUUAUCUUCGUGAACAGGGGUAUGGCUUUUCUCGUUUUAUCACUUAUUGUUACCUUUAUCUAUUUCAAAGAAAUUUUCUAAUUUCAAAAAAAAAAUCAAAAAUCGCAAAAGUUGCAAAAUACAAAAUCUAUAUAUUGCAUGUUACCCUGAAUGAAACGUCGAGAAACUGUUGGUCUGUAUGUUUCUAACUUGUUUAAUGAUAAUGAAAGUCGGACAACACCAGUUCGGUCGUGUUCAAUCUACAAUAAGGGUAAAUUUUCUUAAUUUGAUACAUUAUCCAACUACUAUUAAUUUGUAAUGUUCGACAGUAUAUAUUUGUUGGUAAAAUUGUAAUAUAAUUAAUGAAUGUGAUUUUUGAAAAGUUUUUAAAACUUCUAUAAAUAAGGGUUUUAUUAAUGUUGCUGUCAGCUGCGAUAUUAUGAAUAAAAGAAACACUACUGGAAUAGUCUCAAAUGAAAGAUAAGAUAGAAGGGCAUAUUAUUAUAAAGAAAUCUUAGAAAAUUUCAUCUUUCGAUUUAAAGCGAAUUUCCAAAAUCUCUCGAAAUGUUUUCUUUCAUAAAUUGUAUUAAGCUUGUGGUAAUACAUAGAAGUUAUCCUUGUAACUUGCAAUGAAAUAACUGUAUUGUAUAUAAAGGUUUGUAAAAAUA